AUGCCCAGGCAAGGAAUGGUGUCCAGCUCCAUAGACGCCUCCAGUGCUCUCGUCAAUGACAUGACCCAACCAGCAGCAGCAGCAGGGCCGUCCGCAGCAGCGCGGGAUUUCAUCCACUCCCUCCGCAAUGCGACAUGUCCCUUGCCCGAGGACGUCAGGGAGUGCUUCAACCUCCUGGCGCCGUACGCCGUGUCCAUCAACGGCAGCAACAUCAGGGCCGUCCGCAGCGCGGUCACCGUCGUGGUUGCGGAGAUCCAGGCCUUGGACAAGAGUGUCAUCGAGUUCAACAGAACCGAUGGCCAGGACUACGAGCUGGGUCCGUGCAUCAAGGUGAUCCACGAGGCCGCCAAUGGGGGCAAGCAGCAGCUGGCCGAGCUCGAUGCCGCCGGCGACGGGAAUCAGCAUCUUGCCAAUGUGGACAAAUGGUACCAGGACGUGAAGGCCAAGAUCCAAAAAUGCGACUAUGACAUCACCGAUGUGCCGAGGAGCCACGCGGUGCUCAAGGCCGGUAUCGUUAGCGGCGGCGCCGGCACACCCAAAUAA